AUGAAAAGAAAUAAAAAUGAUGAUAAUAACUACAGUGACGCAAAGAGUAAAGAAAACCAAAAUAAAAAUAUAAAAAGAUAUGAUGAUAAAAAAAAAAAUGGUGAUAAGAAAAAAUGUAAAAACAAAAAUAUAAAUAAAAGUAACAGAGGAAUAAACAAAAUAUUGAUAAGAUCAUUAAGAAAAAAGUUAAAGAGUAACUUAAAUAAAUUAAAUGAACAACAUGAAUAUUUAGAACAAAUUUUGAAAAAUAUAAAUUAUUUAAAAUUUGAUCAUGAAAACGAACGGCAAGAAUAUUAUAAUGAAUUAAAAAACAUUUCUAAAGAAUUAAAAUAUGCUUAUGAAAUAAAUAAUGAUGAUAUAGCAUUAUUAAAAAUUGAAAGAGAUUUAAUUAAAUCUGAAUUUACAAAAAGUAGGAAAAGCUUAAAAAUAUUUAAUUAUCACAUUCCGGAAGAAUGUCUAGAAGAUGAAGAUAUGAUGGGAUGUGAAAAAGAAAAGAUUGGAAAAUGUGAAAAGCGGAAAAAGAAAAAAAGAAGAAAUAAUACAAAUAAUUCUCAAAAUUAUAUUAAUUCAUUAACACCUUUACAAAAUUUCCAUGCGAAUACUUUAUGUGUGAAAUGUAAAUGUGACCAUCAUCGCUUUUCAGCUGAAUAUUUAAAUAUAAAAAAUUCAGUAGUUCUGGAUUUAUUUAAUACAUUAUCAAAAAAUAAAUAUUUUAAAGAAACAAAUAUAUGUGAACAAAGUUUUUUUUAUCAACAAAGUAAUCGGAUAUAUAAACAAGAAAAAAAAAAGUUAAUAAAAAAUGGUAUGUUACCUUGUUCGUUUCUUUUGAAGAAGAAAAAUAAGGUACAGCCCAAAAAUAACAAGGAAGAGAACCAAAACCAAUUUACUGGUGAUUUCUCGAACUUGUGUGAAGAAAAGGAGAACAUUAAAAAUGUACACUCCAUUGAAGAUAAUAAUGAGAAUAAGGUAACAAAUAAUUAUGAACUGAGAAAAUGUGACAUAUUAAAUGAUCAUAUAUCCAACGUUCAAAUAAUUAAUGGAGAUAAAGUAGUAAAUCAUGAUAAUAUGUUAAAUGAUAAUCAUCUGACAAAUUAUGACAAUACAAUGAAUAAUAACAAUAAUGAUAAUAAUAAUAAUAAUAAUAAUAAUAAUAAUAAUAAUAACAAUAAUAAUAACAACAAUAACAACAACAACAACAACAACAACAACAACAACAACAACAACAAUAAUAAUAAUAACAAUAAUAAUAAUAAUAAUAGUUGGAGUAAUAAUUUUUGUGCGUUUAAAUAUUCGAAUGAAAAGUACUCAAAUAACAGAUACGGAAGUCAUUCAAAUAAAACGUGGAAUGAGAGCAAUAAUGUUAAUAAUUAUAUAUCUAAUAUGUUAUGUGAAAAUAAUAAAAAUAAAGUAUAUUGGUUCGAUAUGAAUAAGUAUAUAAACAAAGAUAUAAAGAAAUAUAAUGUAAGAAAUAAUAUACAUAAUAUGUUACACUUCUUUACUAGUAUAAGUAAAGUAUAUUAUUGUGAAGUUGUUAAUAAAAAAAGAGAAAAAAUUUUAAGUAAUGAUGAUUAUAAAAAUAAUUCAAUGGAGAAGUUUUAUGAUUAUGUAUUUGCCGAUGAUUCAUGUGAUGUCUUAUCUAAUGAUGAUAUGGCUUCUGAACAAAAUAACAAUAUUAACAACAACAAUAAUGAUAACAAUAAUGAUAACAAUAAUGAUAACAAUAAUGAUAACAAUGAUGAUAAAAAUAUUAACAAAAACAACAAUAAUAAUAAUAAUAAUGAUAACAAUAAUGAUAACAAUAAUAAUAAUAAUAUAUCUUUUUCCAAUAAUGAAGAUUAUUAUAAUAAUGAAUCGAGAAAUAAUUAUAUCUAUAUAUAUAUUAAAAGAGAAUAUAUUCCAGAAUAUUUAUUAAAUAUAAAAAAAAAAAUUAAAUUAAUUUUACUUUUUUCUUCAAAUAAUAUAGAUAAUAAUGUUCAUAAUAAAAAUUGCCCUUUUUAUUCAAAGAGAAAACAUGAUAAUGACCAAAAGAAGAAUUAUGAUAAUGAAUUAUAUGAUAGUAAUAAUAUUUAUUGUAAUUAUUGUAAUAAUUGUGUUGAAGAUAAUGUUAAUUACUAUAUGAACCCUGAACAAAAGAAGAAAAGAGGUAGACUUAAUAGUAAAAAGAAAAAUAUACAGAAAUGUGAAAAGAAAUAUAAACUGAAAAAAAAAAUGCACCUGAAUUUUAUUGAUUAUAUUAAAAAGGAAGAGAAAGAAAAGAGAAAAAAGCAAAAACAAGAUGAACAACAAGUGAAAAAGAAAAUACAAACGAAAAUAGAAAAACAUAAUGAUAGUAAAGAAGAUGAUAUGUAUGACCCACAGUAUGAGAAUGACGACGAUGAUGAUGAUGAUGGUGAUAAUGAUUUAAAUAAAAAAAAUAUAUAUCCAAAAAAAAGUUGCCCAUUUGGUUUUAUAUGUAAAUAUAAACAUUUCUUUAAUAAAGUUAAGAAACAUAAAAUGAAAAGGCGAACGGUAAAGAAACAUAUUAAAUAUGAUCACGAUAAUGAUUAUGAUCAUAUAGGAUUAGAUGACAAUGUAUUAUAUAAUAAUAUCAUAUUAAAUUUUCUGAACAAACUAAAUAUAGAAGAAGAAAAUGAAAAGUAUCAUUAUUUUUAUGUUCAUAAUAUUGAAUAUGAUAAUUCUAAAUAUGACAUUGUAAGUAUUAGAAAAGAUAUGGAAAGAAUUCUACGAAAAAAGGAAAAAAAAAAAAUUACAUCCUUUUCACCCGUGCUAUUAUUAAAUUAUGUAAAUAAAAAAUAUUCCUUUAUUAAAAUUAUAAAGAAGGAAAAGAAAAAAGAAAAAAAAAAUAUAAAUAAAAAUAAAUACAUGAAUAAUGAAGAUAAUACUAAUAAUAUUAAUGAACACAAUAAUAAUUCAAAUGAGAAUGUUAUCAAAAAAAAAAGAGGCAGAGGAAGAAAAAGAAAAAGAAAAAAUCCAUUACCAAAUGAAAAACAAACAGAAGGAGAUAAUAAUUUAUUAAAUAAUAAUGAAGAAGAAAAGGGUGAAAACCAAAAAAAAAAAAAAAAAAAAAAAGAAAAAAAAAAUAUAGAAGAAAAAAAUAACUCAACAUUUUAUAAUAAUAAUAAUAAUAAUAAUAAUAAUAAUAAUAGUAGUAGUAAUAAUAACAAAAUGAAAGAAUAUAAAAAUAAGAAAAUAUAUAUAAAACGCAAAAAUCGUAUACAUAAAAAAAAAAGAGAUUUUUUUUUUGAUGUUUCUUUUUCGUUUGAAGGUAUGAAAAAUAAUUUAAUAAAAAGAGAAGAAGUAGAAGUACACUAUUUAACUAUUAACAAAUAUAUGUUAAGUUUUAAUGAUAUAAAUGAUGAGAUAACAUUAAAAUAUUAUUUAUCUCAUAUGCAAAAUAGAGAUUUUAAUAUUGAAAUCAUAAAUAAAAAAAUGCCGAUAGAAAUUCUACAUUUCUUUGAUUAUUAUAUAAAUAGAAAAAAUGAAUUAGACAAAACCAUAAAGGAGCAUACUAAAAUAUAUAAACAAAUAUAUACAUUAUGGAAAGAAGAUAUAGAUAUAAGUGAAAAAGAAAAUGAACAAAAAAAUAUUUUUACAUGGGGUAUUUUACCUGUAAGAGCAUUUGACCAUCCAAAUAUAUUUGUUCCAUUACCUUGUGGAUUUAAACAUAAUAAUAAAAACUUGGCUUAUUAUACAUCAUGUAAUGAUAAGAAAAAGAAUAGUGAUAAAAAUUUAUUAGAAGAAAAGAAAGAAAAGAAAAAAGAAUAUAUGAAUAUAAAAUAUACGAAUUUGACAGGUCCAUGUAUAAAUUGGCGUAGAAAUUGUAUAUUUGUUAAUGAUAUAAAAAAAAAAAAAUUUCUACACUUAUCAGAAUAUUAUCCAUAUUUCUAUUCUUUGCAAAAUAUUAAACUCUCCUUAUUUUCAUUACAAAGAAAUGUUGUAUAUAAUAAUUUGAAUAAUAUUCUUCAUGUUAAGCAAGAUGAACCUUUGAAGGAUAAUUAUGAAAAUAUAAAUAUGAAUAUUGUAUGUAAAAAAGAGAGUACUAUAAUAAAAGAUCCUACUGAUUCAACAAAUAUGAAUCUCAAAAACGUGGAUGGAAAUAAUGUGAAUUAUACAAACAGUGUGAAUGAUACCAAUAGUGUAAAUGAUACAAUCCAUUUAUUACAUUAUACAAACAAUACAUGUGAUGAAAAGAAUUCUCCAGAUACUUUCAAUACAUAUGAUAGUUAUAAUAUAUAUGAUACGUUUGGUGAUGUUGAUAAUAAUAAGCAUAACCAAAAUAAAAGUAAUAUUCCUAAUGAUUCUAAACAUGUAUCAAGGAAUAUAGGAAAAAAUAAAAAUAGUAGAUAUAGUUUUACAACUACUACGACAAGUAAUUGUAGUAGUAUUUAUAAGAAUAAUAAAAACAAUAGUAAUAAUAAAGAACAAGUUGAAGAAAAAGAUUUAUAUAAAUUUUUUACGAAUGAAGAUAUUUUAAAUGAAAAAAAUUAUAUAUGGAAUAAACAAGAGAUCCGAACAUUUUUAGAAAAAUAUAUUUUAUAUCCAAAAAAUUUUGAUAAAAUUAGUCAAUAUUUAGAAUGUAAGAAUACCAAACAAUGUGUUGAAUUUUAUUAUUUAACGAAGAAUUUUUUUUCUUUAAAAAAAUUAUUAUUAGUUAUAUCAGAAAGUAAAUUAAAACGAAAUAAAAAAUGUGGUUCAAAUGAAUUACAUAAAAAAAAUACGAAAGAAGAAAUGGUAAAUAAAUUAAUGAGAAAAAUUGAAAAUAAUUAUGUAAAAACAGAAUUUGAAGAUAUGAAUUUUAUGAAUUCAUAUUUUAUAAAUAUAAGAAAUUUCUUUAAAAAUUAUUUUGUCAAAUCAUAUAAAAAUUCUCAUUAUAAGAGAAAAAAAGGUAAUAGUCAUAAUAAACAUAAUAAAUCAAAUAGUUAUAAUAAUUAUGAUAUGAAUAAAAGUGUAAUAUUAGAAAAUAUGUCUGACGGGUAUGUAAUUCCAAAAAAUUAUAAUUUUAUUAUAAGUGCUAAUAGAAAAUUAUGUUUCUUAAUUAAAAAUAAAGACAAUUUUAUAUAUAAUGGUAUUAAUUCUGAUAUUAUUGAAAUUAAUUAUAAUAAUAAUGACAAUCAACAAAAUGAAUAUUGUACCUCGAAUGAACAAAAUAAUAUGAUUAAUAAUAAUGACAGUAAUAGUAAUAGUAAUAGUAAUAAUUGUGAUCAUAAUAAUAAUGAAAUGAAAAUUUUUAAUUUGGAAAAAUCAGGUUUUGUGAAAAAUGAAAUGUCUUUAUUAGAUAUGAAAAAUAAUAAAGGCAAAAAAAAAAAAAGUGAUAUAUAUAUUUCUAAUUAUUCAAAAAAUUCAGUAUCUAAAGAUACAAAUAAAGAAUCGUCUCAUAAUAUAACAGAUAAUGAAAAUGUUAUAUACUAUACGAAUUUAAAUAAUUCUAAUAGUAAUCCAAUAAUUGAUCAAAAAGGAAAAUAUGAAAAUAAACAAUUUUUAAUUAGUUGUGAAUCAAAUGAAUAUCAAACUGAAAUAAUUAAAACGAAAGGUGACGACAAAGAAAAUGAAGAAGGAAAGAAACAACAACAACAACAACAAAGACGACAAGAUUAUCCAUAUGAUGAUCAAUAUAAAUAUACUAAUCAAAUUGAAUAUUAUAAUGGAGAAUACAAAGGACAAGAAGCAAAUGCUUUCAUUUCAAACAUAAAAAAUAAAUCGGAAAAGAAUAAAGAACGUGAAACAUGUGAAGAAAGUUUAUUUAAAUGCUUUGAGUUUUUAAAAAAUAUAAAUUACAAACUUAAUGAAAAUACAAAUAAAAAUUCCUUACAACAUUCUAAAUCCACUUGUUUUACAUAUGAUCAGAAAUCCAAAAAAGGAGUAAAGAAAAAUAGUAUGCAAAAAGAUAAUAAAAAUGUAAAAAAAAAUAAACAUUUUGCAAAUUUAAAAAAUGUAACUAUGCUUCAAAAAGGAAAAGCAGUUAAAAAUAUUCCUAUUAAUAAUAAAAACGCAAGUCAUAAUAAUAAAGUGGUAAAUAGUAACAAAUCGGUUAGUAAUAAUAAUAAUAAUAAUAAUAAUAAAUCCACAAGUAAUAGUAAUAAAUCCUUAAGUAAUAAUAAUAAUAAUAAUAAUAAUAAUAAUAAUAAUAAUAAAUCUAUUAGUAAUAAUAAUAAAUCCACGAGUAAUAAUAAUAAAUCUAUUAGUAAUAAUAAUAAAUCCAUUAGUAAUAAUAAUAAAUCCAUUAGUAGUAAUAAUAAAUCCAUUAGUAGUAAUAAUAAAUCCACUAGUAAUAAUAAUAAAUCCACUAGUAAUAAUAAUAAAUCCACUAGUAAUAAUAAUAAAUCCAUUAAUAAUCAUAGAAAAGUCUCACAAAAAUUAGGGGGAUCUCAUACUUUUUGUAAGAAAAGUAUAUCGAGUCAACUUGUCGCAAGUAAAAUCAAAGAAACAAAUCCAAAGAGACAAUUACAAGAUGUACGGGUAGAAAACGAUAUUCCUUUGAAAAAGAAAAGAAUAGUCAAAAAUGAAAAUAUUGAAGAAAAUACUAACGAAAUAAAAAAAAACGCAAAUAAUGCAAAUGAUACAAAUGAUGCAAAUGAUGCAAAUGAUGCAAAUGAUGCAAAAGCUAAUAAACAAUCACAAAUAAUUAAAAAGAAAAAUAAUGAAGGGCAAUUUUGUACAAAAGUAAUCAAAGGAGUACAAAACAAAAUGAUAAAUCAAAAAGAGCAGGAAGGUGAAAUAAUAAAUCAUUAUGAUAAUGAAAUACACGAUCACAAUGAUGGUAAAAAAAUGAAGAAUCAUAUUAAUGGAUUCAAAAAACAUACUAUAAUGAAUGAAAAGGAACAAGAAGAAUUCCCUACUAACCAUAAUGAUAAUGAUAUAUCAUUAUUAAAAAAACAAUAUAAUAAUAAAAAAUAUAUUUCCCCUUCCAUAGGAAAAAUAAAUGGUGAUAUAAAUCAUAAUUAUGUUGACUCACAUUUAAAUAAUAUAAACGUAAAAAAUAGAGCAACCAUAGUUAAUGAAGACGAACAUUUAUAUACAAAUAAUAAUUAUAUAGAACUAGUUAAAAAUGAUGAUAUUAUAUUAAAUGGUAAUUAUGUAAAUUCAUCUUCUGAUGAACAACAAACAAAUACAUUUGAUGUGAAUUUACAUGAUAAUAAUAAUAAUAAUAAGUUAAUAGAAAAUAUAUUAAAACCGUAUGUUAAAGAGGAAGAAGAAGAACUUGAAUAUUCCAAAAACCUUCGAAAAAUUGCAACAAAAUGGACAGAUGAGGAAAAAGAUAUUUAUUUUAAUAUUUUUGGAAAGGAAGGAAAAAAUUGGGAUGCUCUUUAUGAAGCUUUAGAGCCAUUUGGGAAAACAAAAGAUCAAAUAAAAAAUUUUUAUCAAAACACAAUAGCAAAGAGGAAAAAAAGCCAUAUAAUUCCAUAA